AUUGUUCUUCUGACUUUGUGGGUUAGAACUUGGUUCUUUCUUCAUCUUUGGGUUUCCUCUCAACUUGACAAGAAAGUACUUUGAAAAAAAAAAAACAUUGUUUUCAACUCCUUUUGACAUUAUCUUGUGUUGAAAGAAUUUUCAUUGCUUGAAUCAAGACAUGUUGAAAAAGAAUUCCAAGCCCACCGGAAUGUCGUCGCCGGUGAUGCCAACCAAAGGCAGCGGAAGCGGCAGUUCCGAGGCGGCAGCCUGUUGGGAAGUUAGGCCAGGGGGAAUGCUGGUACAAAAAAGGAAUUCAGAUCAAAACAAUGCAUCAUUUCAAAUUCCCAAAAUUAAAGUCAGGGUCAAAUUUGGAUCAUCUUAUCAUGAGCUCAAUAUCAGUCCUCAAGCUAGCUUUGUGGGUAAUGGGAAUUCAGGGGAUUUGAAGAAAAUGCUGGCAAAACCAACUGGGUUGCAUCCUCAAGAUCAGAAAUUGAUAUAUAGAGACAGAGAGAGAGAUUCAAAAGUGUUUCUUGAGGUGGCAGGAGUCAAUGAUGGAUCAAAAAUUGAAUUAAUUGAGGGUGCAAUGAGUCGGGAGAGACGGGUUCUUGAAUCGCGCAGAAACGAUAAGAUGGACAAGGCUGCAAAAUCCAUAGCUGAAAUUGGAUUAGUUGUUGACAAUCUUGCCAAACAGGUUGCAAAUUUGGAAGCAGAAAUUUAUGGUGGAAAGAAAGUAGCAGAAACAGUUCUGUUGAAUUUGAUUGAAUUGUUGAUGACACAACUGCUUAAAUUGGAUGAAAUUGUGGCUGAUGGAGGUGCAAAACAGCAGAGGAGAGAUCAGGUGAGGAGAGUACAAAAAUACAUCGAAAUUCUUGAUGUGUUGAAGAUUAAGAAUGGUGGAAAUGACGAUAAAGCUCCAUUAUCGCAGCAGAAACAAAAGCAUUACGCGAGGACAAAAUGGGAAAGAUUUGAAUCUGACAUGGCGGCACCACCGCCGCCGCCAUUCACAUCCUCCUCCUCCGUGGAUCAGUUUCAAUUUCCCUUUGGUAACCUUUCUUUUCGAACUCCUCAAUUUGAGUAUAGUCAAAAACACGCGUAACGCAACGUAUUUUUGUAACGGGAUUCAAAUCUUGUUAGUUCUUGUUCUUUGUCCAUUCUUCUACACUUAAUUUUUUUUUUUGGGGGGUGAUUGUGAGAUUAUAAGAUCAAUGCCACUUGUUUGUUGUAUUGGAUAGAUUUGGUUAAGGUUUGUUCAUGUAUACCCGGUGGAUAUAAUACAACAUUAUGAUCUCGGAAAUGAGAAAUUUUACUAA